UUCGGGUCCGAUAGGCGAUAUGCCCCCAAUCGGUUUCUAUGUUUUGAAUAUCCCGCGGGCGGGCGCGACGUCCUCGGACUUCCACGCUGCCGAGCACGCCGCGAUGCCCGUCUAGCUGGCGUCGGAUGACGUUACAUCCGCACUCCCGGCGCACCUAAAAAAAGAUGGCGACGCCACUGAGAGGGCAGCGUGCCACCUCGCCUCUCGCUCGGCAGCAGGCCAGAAACAGGCCCGCUUCGGCCCAAGAGCAGCAGCAGCAAAAUCGCACAGCGACCGGAGCACCCUCAACAGCUCCCUCAGAAGAAGAAAAUGACUCCGACUUUAGGACCCCAAGGAGGGAGCAGAGGCUCGGCCAGGAAGCCAGGAGGCAGAGCGGGGGCCGAGAUCGGCACGGGCGCUCGGCCAGCCCGCCCGAGCGCCACAACGCCCCGGUGGCCUCUGCGCCCGCACGGCCGGCGCGCGCUCAGUCGUACUGCUGGGGGAGCACCACCUCCUCCCGCAACCCCGUGUCGAGGUGACCCGGAUGAUGCGCCCUCGCGCUCACCCUCUUGAGAAGAGGGCAAAAGAUCCAACCCCAUAAUCCAUAACCACCCCGACACGCGAAGCCGUUUACUAAGCGCCCCCACUGAAAGAAUCGGACAGGGCAGGGCUGUUCAGUGAACGCCCAAGGCCGUUUAGUAAGCGCCAAUGGUCCGGUCCGGGUGAUUCUUCCUCCCUUGAUUGAGGGGGAGCGUUACGGCUGGCGCUGCAAAGAGGGCGUGCGGCAGCCAUCUCCCGAGAGCACGCCGUCCCUGCGAGGCGAUCCCCCCCCGCGAGGGCCCCUUCUGCGCACGCGGGCCCCCUGCGAGGGCCUCGUCGGUGCACGCUGUCCCCCUGGCAGGGCUUCCUGGGUGCAAGCUGCAGUCGGGCCGCUGAAACCAGGAACGCCAACUGAGGAACGGAG